AUGCUAUUGUUCUCCGCAAUGCUAUUCCUUCUCUCCUCUGCUAUUCCUUCUCUCUCCCUGAACUCCGUGAGGCGCAUGGCAGUGAAGGAUGUGUGGCUGCUGCAGUUGAACCUACUUUCUUUCUUCCUGCUCUCCUCAUCUCAAUUCCAUCCCAUGCUUUCCCAGGUUUGCUCCUUGAUCCUCGCGUUCCUCGCUUGGGCGCUCACUGCAACGGCACUCUUCUGGGAGCGCAAGCGCAUGGCAGUGAAGGGCGCAUGGCUGCUGCGAUUCGCAGUGCUCUAUGUGAUGGUGGGACAGCUGGCGAAGCUGCGAUUCGUGCUCAUUCUGCAGCAGGACUUCCAGGCCCGAGCCCCCACCCCCACUCCUCACCCGCCCUCCCCCUUUCGUUGCAUCUCCUUUGUUCGUGAGUUUGCCUGGAAUGCUUCAGGUGCUCCUAGGCCUGCUCGCACUCUUCUUCUUCCCCAACCUGCUCCCAGCCUGCUCCCAGCCUGCUCCCCCUUCUUCCCCUUCCUUCCCCCUUACUUGCACCCCCAGGUGCUCCUGGGUCUGCUCGCGCUCUUCUUCUUCCCCAACCUGCUCCCACAAGAGCACCCUUCGCCAGGCCUCUCCUCCUCCUCCGCCCUCGCAGCCGCAGAGGCAGAGGCAGCAGCACCGUUCUUGCCACCUGCAGCAGCAGCGGCAGGGGCAGCAGGGAGUGGUGGUGGUGGUGCGGGGUAUGUGCCUUUGGCUGCAGGGCCUGUGGGUGGGGCGGAAGGAGAAGCAGCGGAGGCGGAGGGAGGAGACAACCAGGGGCAGGUGUGCCCGGAAGACCACACCAGCUUCAUCAACCGUACUCCAGCACCCUUCUCCUUCCCUAGGAGUGUCUUGACUAGCCCCAUGGAUGGAACCGUCUUGCAGCAUCUUAACUGGUCUGACGUUUGGCUGGAUGACGCCUCUCAUGGCCACGGGGUGCCGCGUUUCGAGAUAUGUCUCAACUCCGCCCUCCCCCCUCCUCCCUGCCCCUCCCUCUCCUCCCCCCAGGCCUGA